AACAUUCAAACCUACAAGCAAGCAAGACAAACGGAAUACUCCACCAUGCAGGGGUUACAGGCCAUGCUGUCACCCUUGCUCCUGGUCCUGCUGAGUUACCUGUGUAUCGUCCACACAUGCAGAGUAGGGAGUUGGCAGGAAUGUGAUGAUGCCCCAUUUAUUCCCGGCCACAACCUUGCUGGAGAGGGCUUUGAUGUUGUUACUAUGCAGCACAAGGGGGCAUACGUGCUUGAUGUCCAGACAUAUCUGACCCCAAACGACACCUGCACAGUCUGUGAAAACCCACUAAUGGGAAAUCAGUUGCAGAAGGUCCCCCUGUCUGUGUUAGACUGGCGAGCCUUUACCAACUGUAGACAGGAAAUGUCUGCUGCUGUGCUCAAUACAGCCAGUAGUGUAGCAGAGAGCACCACCUCUUCCAUAGAGAACGACUGGACAGUGGGGCUGGAGUUGGGUGACAUGGCAGGUAUGACUGUAGGGGGCAGCCUUGCCACUGCCACAGAGUAUGCUAGUGCCCAGUCUAAAGUACACAAGUCAGCCUUUGCUUCAAAUCAGCUAACGUGUGCUCAUUACAGUUAUCGGGUUCCAAACAAGCCCACCCUCAGCUUGGAAUUCAGAAGGCACAUUCAAUCUCUUCCGGCAGAGUACACCUACGAAACUGAAUAUCUCUACAAUCGCUUCAUCGACACGUACGGCACCCAUUACAUUCAGAAGGUGCGUCUCGGAGGACGUCUGCGCCGUCUCACCUCCAUCCGCUCAUGUCUGGCCACUGUCAAUGGUUACUCUGCUGAACAGGCCAAGGACUGCAUCAAAACUGGACUGGACAUUGGUUUUGGCCAUGUAGAUGCAUCAGCAACCACCAGAAAUUGCAAAUCACUUUUAGAAAAUGUGGACACUCAAACCCAGUCCCAGCUGUCUUACCUGAGCCAUAUUACUGAGGUGGUGGGUGGCAUUAAGUGGCCUGGAGAGGUCUCCCUCAGUAAAAAUGACUCUACAGAGUACCGAAGCUGGACGAAGAGCCUCACGAAGGUCCCUGACCUCAUCUCAUACUCUCUUCUUCCUCUUCAUGAGCUAGUUGUUGAUGAGACCAUUAGAGAAAAUGUGAAGGAGGCAGUGAAGGGGUAUCUUAUAGACAAUGCUUUGCCUAAAGAGCCCCCCUCUCCUCAGUGCAAUGGCCAGCCCAACCUCUCCCCUGAGUGCUGCCCUCUGUCCCCAAAGAAGGGCAGACUCACAGUAACCGUCAACAGGGCAUGGAGUCUGGGGGGUGGUCUGGAUGCUGCUAAUACUUCACCUGAUCCCUAUGUCAAGGUGAAGUACUGGAACAAGUUCCAUCAGACACACUACAUCCUUGACACUGAAGACCCUACCUGGAACAUAGCAUAUGAUCUUGGCCACGUCGAAGCACACCAUCCCCUCAAACUUGAAUUUUGGGACAGUGAUAUUACGUAUGAUGACCACCUUGGAACAUGCACUACCACUCUAAUUGAGGGCUCCCACGCCAAUAGUUGUGGUAUUGCAGCGGGAGGUUUCUCAUACUCCUAUAGCCUUACCUGCGACCCAUACCUAACAGGUGAUCAAUGUUCUCGCUAUAAAGAAAAACCAAAAAGAAGCAACUGAGAGCAAGUAGCCUCUUACUGCAGCUGGGGUCGCCGGCGACCAUAUUUACUUGCUGAAAAUGCUUAACUACAUCAUAACAACAUUGCUAUGACAUUACAGAGAGCCAUAGUGCUUCACUAAGGUUGAACUUUAUUUAGAUAGGACAGUGAAGAGUGGAACAGGAAUUGAGUGGGAGAGAGAGAGGGGGGAGGAUCGGGAAAUGACCCGAGUCGGGAAUUGAACCCGGCUCACCCGCGUAGCAGUCCAGUGCCCAGUCGACGACUAUGGUCAACUUCUAUGGUUGAAAUCAUUCAUACAGUACUGCAAUAAUGAAUGAAUAAAUCCUUCAAAUAAAACAGAACAU